UUCCAUCAUCCUCUUUGAAAUUCUCCCAUUUCCCUCUUUGAAAACCCUCUCUCUCUCUGUCUCGCGUCUCUUUGCUUCGUCUCCUGUAAAACCCUAAUUUAAAAUUGGGGUUUCUGGGGAAAAAAGGUUAGUCGGAACCGAUCUGUGUCAUAAACCCUAGUUUCUGGAUUUUUUUCUAGAGAAUGGAGUGGAAUCCGGAGACUCUCCAGUUCCUUUCGCAAUGCUUCCUCCACACGCUCUCACCGGCGCCGGAGCCACGGCGGGCCGCUGAGAGGUCGCUUUCGGAGGCGGCUGAUCGACCAAAUUACGGGCUCGCAGUCCUCCGUCUCGUGGCGGAGCAAUCCGUCGACGAACAGAUCCGCCACGCAGCCGCUGUUAACUUUAAGAACCACCUCCGCUCUCGGUGGGUGCCUGCCGGUGAUUCGGAUCUCUCUCCAAUCGUCGAUUCGGAGAAGGAUCAGAUCAAAACCCUCAUAGUUUCGCUCAUGCUGUCGUCUUCUCCUCGUAUCCAGAGCCAGCUGAGUGAAGCCCUAGCCGUCAUUGGGAAACACGAUUUCCCGAAAGCGUGGCCUGCGUUGCUUCCCGAGCUUAUCUCCAGCCUCCAGAAAGCUGCCCUUUCCGGCGAUUACGCAUCUGUCAAUGGUAUACUCGGGACCGCUAAUUCUAUUUUCAAAAAGUUUAGGUAUCAGUAUAAAACCAACGAUCUCUUGCUCGAUUUGAAGUAUUGCCUGGAUAAUUUUGCCGCUCCGUUGCUGGAGAUGUUCCUUAAAACGGCCUCUUUAAUCGAUUCUGCCAUGAGCUCUGGUGGGUCAGCCGCGAUCCUCAAGCCGCUGUUUGAGUCUCAGAAGCUGUGUUGCAGAAUAUUUUUCUCCUUGAAUUUUCAGGAACUUCCCGAGUUCUUCGAAGAUCACAUGAAGGAGUGGAUGGGAGAGUUCAAGAAAUAUCUGACGACGAAAUAUCCUGCCUUAGAGGGCACUGCAGAUGGUUUAGCACUUGUUGACGGUCUUCGAGCUGCUGUUUGUGAGAAUAUAAAUCUCUACAUGGAGAAGAACGAAGAAGAAUUUCAAGGCUUUCUAAAUGAUUUUGCAUCUGCUGUUUGGACAUUACUCCGUGAUGUCUCGGUGUCACCCAGUCGGGAUCAACUGGCCACAACCGCGAUUAAGUUUUUGACCACUGUGAGCACCAGUGUUCACCAUGCUUUGUUUGCGGGAGACGGAGUGAUACAGGAGAUUUGCCAGAGUAUUGUAGUUCCCAAUGUACGUCUGAGGGAUGAAGAUGAGGAGCUUUUUGAGAUGAACUAUAUCGAGUUUAUUCGAAGAGACAUGGAGGGAAGUGAUGUAGACACCAGGAGGAGGAUAGCAUGCGAGCUGCUUAAAGGACUUGCUACAAACUACAGAAGGCAGGUGACAGAAGUAGUUUCUGUUCAGAUACAGAACCUCUUAGCUUCGUUUUCAGCGAAUCCUGCCGUCAAUUGGAAGGAUAAGGAUUGUGCAAUUUACUUGGUUGUAUCUCUGGCUACUAAGAAGGCUGGAGGUGCAUCUGUGUCUACAGAUCUUGUUGAUGUUCAGAGCUUCUUUGCGUCGAUUAUUAUCCCAGAGUUGCAAAGUCAAGAUGUUAACAGUUUUCCGAUGCUGAAGGCUGGUUCGCUGAAGUUUUUCACGAUGUUCCGUGGUCAUAUACCGAAGCCCCUUGGACUUCAGUUGUUCCCGGAUUUGGUUCGGUUCCUUGGGGCUGAGUCAAAUGUUGUCCACUCCUAUGCUGCUAGUUGCAUAGAAAAGCUCUUGUUGGUGAAGGAUGAGGGUGGAAAAGCUAGGUAUGGUCCUGCUGAUAUAAGUCCAUUUUUGCCUGUGUUGAUGACCAACUUAUUUAAUGCCCUGAAGUAUCCAGAAUCUGAAGAGAAUCAAUAUCUCAUGAAGUGUAUAAUGCGGGUCUUAGGUGUUUCCGAUAUCAGCGGUGAGGUUGCUGGGCCUUGCAUUUCUGGCUUGACCUCUAUUCUUAAUGAAGUUUGCAAAAAUCCCAAAAACCCGAUAUUCAAUCACUACCUAUUCGAGUCUGUGGCUGUUCUUGUAAGGCGUGCAUGUGAACGUGAUAUUUCCCUCAUUUCUGCAUUCGAAGCAAGUCUUUUCCCUAGUCUCCAAAUGAUUCUGGCCAAUGAUAUCACCGAGUUCUUGCCAUAUGCGUUUCAGUUGCUUGCUCAGCUUGUUGAAUUGAACAGGCCACCGCUCUCACCAAACUACAUGCAGAUCUUUGCUCUUCUCCUCUCACCUGAGGUGUGGAAGAGAAGCGGAAACGUUCCAGCCCUUGUGCGUUUGCUUCAGGCGUUCCUUCAGAAGGCGCCUCAUGAGCUUAAUCAAGAGGGAAGGUUGAGUCAGGUUCUGGGGAUUUUCAACAUGCUGGUGUCGUCCCCAAGCACAGAUGAGCAAGGCUUCUAUGUACUUAACACUGUUAUCGAGAAUCUCGAGUACAGUGUCAUUGCGCCAUAUAUGACUCACAUAUGGAAUGCCCUUUUCACACGCCUCCAGAACAGACGGACUGUAAAGUUCCUGAAGUCGCUAGUCAUAUUUAUGUCGCUUUUCUUGGUCAAGCACGGAUCGGUCCAUCUGGUGGACACAAUGAAUACCGUUCAGCCGAACAUCUUUAACGUGAUCCUGGAGCAGUUCUGGGUACCGAACCUGAAGCUAAUCACGGGGACUGUUGAGCUUAAGUUAGCAGCGGUUGGGGCAACCAGACUUAUAUGCGAGACUGCAGCCCUCUUGGAUCCAUCGGCUGCAAAGCUCUGGGGAAAAAUGUUGGAUAGCAUCGUGACACUCGUUUCAAGACCCGAACAAGAGAGGAUUGAGGAUGAACCUGAAAUGCCAGACAUUGCAGAGAAUGUAGGUUACACGGCUGCAUUUGUGAAUCUCUACAACGCCGGGAAGAAAGAGGAGGAUCCGCUGAAAGACAUCAAGGAUCCAAAGCAGUUCUUGGUUGCGUCUUUGGCUAGACUUUCGGCUGCUUCCCCGGGCAGGUACCCGCAGAUAAUCGGUGAGAACCUAGAGCAAGCGAAUCAGGCAGCUCUACUCCAGCUCUGCAGCACUUACGGAUGCUCAAUCGCAUGAGAGGAUAUUGGAAGAACAGAAGAGGAUAGAGUUGAGCAUAUCCAGUGUUUGGUCGAGCGUGUGAGCAAAAGUGAUGAAAACCCAUUUUGUGUCGUUUUGAGGUAAAACGUGAAUGGGAUUUCCCCUUUUGUUUUUUGUUUUUAAACUUUUGAAGAGUGUGGGUGGGUAUCUGCAUCGUAUCUCAUGGCGAAACUGCUAUAAAAAAAAAAUGGACAGAGCAUUUUUAUUCUGUUUUUAUUUUUAAAUAUUGGUAAAACUUCUUGAGAUCGAUGAA